AUGAAGCAUCUGAGCUCCUAUUUUACCUUUGCCACUGCCAUUGCUCUUUUCUUUUCAUAUGAACCUCCUUCACAAGAUACUCCUGAAAAGUUUGUUCAAUGUCUCAACAAUUAUCCCAAUAUCUCCAACUCAAUCUCCGAUGUUCUUUACACCCAAAGCAAUUCUGCAUACUCCUCUGUCCUAAAUGUUACCAUUCAAAAUCUUAGGUACUUAAACACAAUCCCAAAACCCCAAGUCAUUGUCACACCACUUGACGUUUCCCACAUUCAAGCCACCAUAAUCUGUGCCCAACGCCAUGGCCUGCAGAUUCGAACCCGAAGCGGAGGCCAUGACUACGAGGGUCUCUCCUACGUUGCCGAGAGUCCCUUUGUCAUCGUUGACCUCUUAAACCUUAGAGAAGUCACUGUUGACGCAGAAAACAAAACUGCAUGGGUUCAAUCUGGGGCACUCCUUGGUGAACUCUACUACAGGAUUUACGAGAAAAGCAACACACUUGCGUUCCCAGCUGGUGUGUGCUACAGUGUGGGCACUGGUGGCCACUUCAGUGGAGGUGGCUAUGGAGUCUUGAUGCGUAAGUACGGUCUUGCCGCAGAUAAUAUCGUAGAUGCUCAGUUAGUAGAUGUGAAUGGUAAUUUGCUUGAUAGACAAGCCAUGGGUGAGGAUCUAUUUUGGGCCAUCAGAGGAGGUGGAGGAGCAAGCUUUGGAGUCGUCGUGGCUUGGAAGAUAAAACUAGUUCCGGUUCCACCAACUGUGACAGUGUUCAAUGUUGGAAGAACUUUGGAAGAGAAUGCAACCGAGAUCUUUCAAAAGUGGCAGCUUGUGGCGAGUAAAUUGGACGAGCGUAUAUACAUUAGGGUGGACAUAAAUAGGGUAAAUUCACGUGAAGAUGGAAAGAAAACAGUACAACUUAAUUUUGUGUCCUUAUUUCUAGGAGGUGUAGAAGAACUUCUUCCAUUGAUGCAAAAGAGCUUACCAGAGUUGGGUUUGGAAAGAAAAGACUGUACUGAGACUAGUUGGAUUGGCUCAGCUGUCUUCUUGAAUGCUGUGUUGAUUGGAACUUCAGGCCAUGAAGCCCCCGAAUUUUUGCUGAACAGAACUCAAAUUUAUUCAGGUUUUUUCAAAGCAAAAUCUGAUUAUGUGAGGCAACCCAUUCCUGUGGAUGGAUUACGAGGGUUGUGGCGCUUUCUUUCUAACGAUGAGAUAGAAUUUACUCAGAUUGAAUUAGCCCCUUAUGGAGGCAGAAUGGAUGAGAUUUCUGAAUCUGAACUUCCAUUCCCAUACAGAUCUGGAUACAUAUUUCAUAUUCACUACGUCACCAUUUGGCAAACGGCAGGGGACGAGGCUGCACAAAGGCACAUGAAUUGGAUAAGAAGAUUGUAUAAAUAUAUGGAACCUUAUGUUUCAAACUCUCCCAGAGCUGCAUAUGUGAACUACAGAGACCUUGACAUUGGGGUAAAUAACAAUGGCUACACGAGCUACGACCAAGCCAGCAUUUGGGGUAUCAAGUAUUUCGGUAACAAUUUCAAGAGAUUGGCUACAGUGAAGACCAAGGUUGAUCCUUACAACUUCUUCAGAAAUAAACAAAGUAUUCCUACGCUGUCCGAGGAAGAAAUUUAAAUUACCUACAAACCAUCAUAGUAUCUUAAAUUCAAAUAAAGUAAUAAAAUAAUGUGUAUUUUCAUUGUAUGAUUUGAAUAGUAAUAUUUACGGUUCAAAUAA